GCUAACUCUCUGCAUAGGAUGGGGGCGUGGCUGCCGCCCUCACGUGCGCGUGCUAUACGCUCGCGCUAGCUAGCUAGCUAGAGCUCGACAGUGCAGUAUAAGAUCGAGAUGGCUUUGUUCAAGAGGUGCAGCUUCUGUGUUGUGACUGGAGCAAGUCGGGGACUGGGGAGGGAGAUUGCCGUACAACUGGCCCAGGGCUGGUCCCAGCAAGGCGUCCAAAGCGACCUGGUCCUGGUGUCCAGAACAGAAAAGGACCUGCAGGCUGCAAAGGCGGACAUAGAGAGCUCGUCUCCAGGAACCUCUGUCCACGUGAUCCCGGCUGACCUCCAAGACCUCUCCGCCAUCCACGAAGCGUUCUCUCGUUGUGCCGCCGUGGCUGCAGAAUCGAGCAAGAAACACGAGCAGUUUGUCAUUGUCCACGAUGCAGGGAGCGCGGGGGACAUAACGCAACCUAUAGUUCAACAGACUGACCCCUCCGUUCUACAAGAGCAGCUAGCACUAAACUUCACCUCAAUGAGUAUCCUCACUUCUCUCUUUCUCUCUCGUUUCACGUCAGGAGAGAGAGUGGUGGUCAAUAUCUCCUCCCUGCUGGCAAAGGUCCACCUGGCUGGGUUUGCCAUGUACAGUGCUAGCAGAGCUGCCCGGAAUGCCCUCGUUGGAACUUUUGCUGCAGAGAAUCCCGAUGUUCGAUUCCUCACCUACACCCCUGGUCCAUGUAUGACGGACAUGUUCAAGAGCAUUGCUGAUUCUUCACACAGUCAGUCCACAAGGGACAUGUUCCAGGGUCAAAUAGAGAGGAGCGAGGUCCUAACAUGUCGAGAAUCCAUCUCCAAACUAAUGGAACUACUGCGAGAGAACCGCUUCGAGAACGCUGCUGUCAUUGACUACUACGACAAAAUGUAGACAUUGGUUUACGUCAGAGGGUAGUUGUGAGGUUCAACUAUAGUGCUGAUUAUGUUUCUGUGUAUAAUUAUACUUAAAAAAAGAUUAUUGGUGGGAUCCCUGUAGAUAAUCUUUAUUCACAACAAGUUUGUGAAUGAAAAUGAAGUGAUCACGACAGAAAUGGUACAUCGCUUGCUAGUAAACAACCCACGACAAACAAAGAGCUGAGUACAAAGUUCAGCUUGGCCACGCCCACUGAAAGUUCUCGAAAUGGUCCUUCUUCUCUCAAAGUUCUCUCCAGUUGAAAUGCAUAGGGCAUUGUGAGGAGAGGUAGAGCCAAUGCCAGGGAGUACAUCGUACCCCAUAUAGCAAACACCAAGUAGGGGAAAAAGAGAAGGAGAGCAAAGAGAAAGUAAGAGCCCUGUUUCCCGAGGAGAACGGCCAGUGAGAGUACACCGGCUUCCUUGUCUUUGGCCAUCUCUCUCAUGUGCUUGCUGUGGAUGAUUGCCUCUGUGCUGAGAGCUAGAGGGAGAGCGAGUAGGAGAGGGCCGGGAAUUACGAAGCGACCGCUCUGAGACGUGUACGAGAAAAGAACAGAGAGGGGACCGAACGUGAACAUCGCCAGUAGGUCACCCAAGAUGUAGAACUUCAAUCUGAUACCUCCGGUGUAGAUAAAAGAGCUCGAGAGACCUCCGAAAAAGAGCGACGCGAGGUAGAAGCUGUUGGCAGGAGAGAGCCACAUUGUGAUCCAUAAACAGGCCAUCCCGAAUCCGUACAGGUAGGCGGCCCAGUUUACGACACGGGCCUGGUGGUUCUGGGAAUCCGCGGAAUGGUCGUCCCAUCUGUGGACGGAGUGAUUCUGCUGCGGCCCGGGGCGGCGACGGGACACCUCGCGCAUGAUCUCGAAGUAAGUAUUCACCAUGUUCCCGGCUCCGUUCACGGCCAGUACGGCGGCAGAGGUGACUAGGAGGACGACAACGGAGAACAAGCCUUCUUUCUUGUAGCUGAGCACUGCCCCCAGAGCCACUGGAGUUACCGCUGCACUGAACGUCCAGAGACGCAAGGACGACAGAAUGCUGGGGCUCCCCGUGGCUGCCAUGACGCGAGGAAAAGUAACCGCCUAAGAGACGACGGAAG